CGGCGUGCGGCUCGGCGAGACGGAGCAGGAGCAGGAGCAGGAGCGACAGAGGCAGGCGGCCCCUGUAGUCGCGGCCGGCGCGCCGGAGAGCAGGCCGAAGAAGAUGGCACGGUGCAGCAGUUGGGAUGCGCGCACGUCACUGCGAGGGCGUGGUCGGGGGGCCAGAGUGAAAAGUUAGGAUCAAUUCUACUUAUUUAAUACAGCCUUCGUAUUAGGAGCGUGUAUAUAGUUAGGAAUCCACUGUAAACCGAUUUGCGCUAAACUCGGGGUUUUAUCUACACUAAGUACCGAGGCUUAACUCGCAUUGUGUUUGACUAAGUGAACAAAUAGAUGGAGUGAUAUUUAUUGACUUUCUAUAUUUCGAAGAGUUUUUCGGAAAAACGCCGACGCGAGCGCAAAACCAUCAACGGAUACUUUAUCGAGGACGCCGCCGAGUGCGAGGCACGAUUUUAGAUGUGGCCCAACAGUUUAACGGCUGGUUGCAACCCGGAGAGCGAGUUGUCAUUCACGGGCUUUGGCGCUUCGUGUGGCAGCGGCUCGUCGGCAGGUAUGGCCUAUCUCAAAUCGGCUCCUUAUCCAGUACCCGGAUUAGGAUUGCAUGGACUCCCCGUCGAAUCUCUGCACGGCACAAUGGGUUACCCUGGAGGUAAAUAUUCACAGUACAUGGGUAACCAAAGGAAGCAACGUAGAGAGAGGACGACAUUCACCCGAGCACAAUUGGAUGUGCUGGAGGCGCUUUUCGCCAAGACUCGUUAUCCCGAUAUUUUUAUGAGGGAAGAAGUCGCUUUGAAAAUUAAUUUGCCCGAGUCCAGAGUACAGGUGUGGUUCAAGAACAGAAGGGCAAAGUGUAGGCAGCAGCAGAAACAACAUAAUCAACAGAAUGCUGACAAAAGCAAUCGUAUCAAAAGUAAAAGCCUAAUAACGAAGUCAUCAUCGCCUGCAGCUUCUAAUAACAACAACAAUAACAAUACGAACAACAGUUCUGCUACCAGUUCUCCGAUAGUACCUACAACGCCACAAGUGAGAGAAAGCCCGAACUACACUAAAGCUUCGGUUGCUAGCGCAAGCUCAAACAGGUCUCCACCGGUGGUUUCAUCUGCAUAUUCAAACGCUGGUAAUUCAAGUAUAUGGUCUCCUGCUUCAAUAGAUAGUUUCCCAUUGGAGCAGCAUCGUUGGUGCAAUACGAAUCAAUCGUCAGUUUUGGGCACGACCAGUGCGGGUGCAAAUUGCUACAAUAAUUAUUCCUACUAUACUAACAUGGAUUAUUUGAGCAGUUCGACAAUGGGACAUUCUCAAUUCGUAGAUAAUAAUUUAGAGAAUAGUUGGAGCAAGUCAAAAGACGAAACAUCGUGGUUUUACAAUGCAAGCUGGGAACGAAAAUGAGAUAUGUUUUCAAAAAGUUCUUCAGUUAGCAAGUAAAUUGCAAGCGGGUUUUAUAGCAGGAACAAUGACAUUUCCCAAAGGUGUAUUGCAUUUUCAUUAUCAUCAGGCAUAUAUUAUUCCAAGUUAAUCAACAACUGAAAUUCUAAAUUAUCUUUUAAAGAAACAAGUACAACAUUUUAUAGAUGACCUAUUCGAAUGGAUUUUCAUAAUCAAUUAUGGCAUUAAUUAAAAGAGAUAAAAAGAAAACAAUAAAAUUAACGAAUUUAUUAAUCGUUAGAUUAUAGGAUUUAAAUACCUAGUCGUAUGUUGAUUGAUUGCAUAUUCUUGUAGUAGUUUUCAAUGUGCCAAAACCUAUUGCAAAUGUGACUACGUACUUAUAUGAUUAAUCUAUUCUUUGGUUAGAUACCUAUGUGUUUACUGAUGAACCACACUUAAAAUUACUGUACAUAUCCGUAGAUAUAGUAUUAAUUUAACAAUAUUCUCAGCAUAAAAUAUUUGCAAUAGUUAACAAAUGUUUAUUUCCUUGAACUUUAGUUCUAAUUUACCGUCCUUAUGAAAGGAAUACAAUUAUGGUUGAACAAACUUGUUUCUAUAAUCUAUUGUGUUUUGUGCAAUAUCAAAUGUUAUUAUGUAUGGCAGUUGCAUGCUAGGGCGAAUUUAUUUUGUAAAAUUUGUUAAACUUGCGUUAAAAGGCCUAAAAUUAACGAAUAUUUUUAAAAUAGUGUAAGUGUAAAUUUUAAUUAUCUGUCCGUUCUAAUUUGCAUAGAACUAAGAAUCUAAACGAUAAAAGGAUCUCGAAAUAUUGAUUGACAUAAGUUUGGCCUAGUAUAAUGUAAAAUAAAUUUGUAUAAGUUAUUGUAAUGACAUUUUUUGUGAUAAUUUGUUGCUGUAUGAUUACAAUAAAUCACAAAUAAUAUUAUUCUUUUCACUCUCAA